AUGGCCUCCCCGGGGCCGGCGCGGCUCCUCCGGGCCGCCGCCGCUUCCUCCCGCCGCUGGCUCUUCUCCGCCUCGCCGGCAGCCGGACCGAGACCGGGCUGCGGCAGCGCUGCCGCUGUCGGGCGGGCAGCGCGGCCGUUCAGCCUCUCUGCCCGGGCGGUGCUCAGCUCAGAAGAUAAAAUAACUGUCCAUUUCAUAAACCGUGAUGGUGACAAACUAACAGCCAAGGGAAAACCUGGGGAUUCACUGCUGGAUGUUGUUGUUGACAAUAAUCUAGACAUAGAUGGUUUUGGUGCAUGUGAAGGAACGCUAGCCUGUUCAACUUGUCAUUUAAUAUUUGAAGACCACAUAUUUGAGAAACUAGAUGCAAUUACUGAUGAAGAGAUGGACAUGCUGGACCUGGCAUAUGGCCUCACAGAAACAUCACGUUUAGGCUGCCAAAUCUGCUUGAAGAAAUCAAUGAAUGAUAUGACUGUUCGAGUACCAGAAGCUGUGGCUGAUGCUAGACAAUCAGUAGAUAUGAGUAAAAACUCCUAAAAGAAAAUAUCCUAGGGGUUUUAAAGAAGCUUAAUUAUUUUUAUAACUUAUUUUUAAAUGUGUAAUUAAAUAUGGAAAUUUACAUAAUUGUGAGUUAUUUUAUAUGACUAUCAAUAUUAGAUUAAUGCUAUUUUAAUUUUCUUUAUAGAACCUCUUAUAUUUUUACGCUUAAAAUGCAAUAAUACUUCUUAUAAGUAGUCAUUGGAUUAUAAACAUUAGCAAGUGUAUUACAGAUUUCAUAUUACAUUAUUCUGCCAAAACAUUUAAUGACAUCUAAAAACUGGAUCACUUGUACAGGACUUCUCCUAAAACAAGCUCUGAGUAUUUCUUGGUGUCAGACCUGAAUGUUUAAGAGAAAAAAAAGCUUGUAGGACUGAAUGGGGUCUUUUUGAAGUGUUGCCAUUAAAGAUGGUAUGCUCAGAGCUAAUUAAAAUUCUCAGUAAAUACGAUACUUUCUCAGCAAAUAGUGGAUUUUCAGGAUAGGAAUUUUCCAAAUUUUGGAAUCUCAAUGAGAUGUGGCAAGUGUUGUCUUGUGAAAAUUCUGCUAAACCCAUGAGUUCUAGGAGCUGUGUUAUGGUUUAACCCAGCAGGCAGCUAAAUGCCACUUAACCAUUGACUUGCACCCCACCACUGCCCACCCCCCUUCCAAAUGGGAUGGGGGGGAUAGACUUGGAGGGGAAAAAAAGGUGACAUUCGUGUGUUAGACAGUUUAAUAGGACAGAAGAGAAAGGAAAACAAAAGUAAUAAUGACUAAAUACAUAAAACAAGUGAGGCACGACACAAUUGCCUACCACCUGAUGACUGAUGCCCAGAGAGUUACUGAGCAAUGACCCCCAGCCAACUUUUGCCCCAGUUGAUAUUUUGAGCAUGACACCAUAUACUCUGGGACCUCCUGCUGGUCACUUGGGGUCAGAUGUCCUGGCUGUGUCCCCUCCCAAUUCCUUGUGCAGCCCCACAAGGUGAGGUGAGAAUCUGAAAAGGCCUUAGCUGUUGCUAAGCUGUGUUUACAUUUAAACACCAGUGUGUUACAAACAUUAUUUUGAUACUAAAUAAAAAACAGCACUGUACCAGCUACUGGGAAGAAAAUCAGCUCUCUCCCAGGUGAAACCAGGAGAGGCUGAUGCAGGAUGUUGGCACCUGCAGCUUAACCCUGGCCCAAAUCAGAUGUGAGUAAACCUCAACAAUAUUUACAUUUGACUACACCACAAAUAUUGGGAUAGACCAGGCUUAGAAGAAGGAAUUCUUGGAGCUGUGUAAUGGGAGAACAUACCCGGUGGAAUUACAGCUUACCCAUCGCAAACUCUCACUGUCCUCUAAAAUAUGGCUGAGUUUGGAUUGAACGGGGCAAUGUUUGUUGACAUCAGAUUUGUUCUGAAAUAUUUAUCCCUUUUUAGUUUAGAGCUUGUGCAGGUGGCAGUUUGAUGUUAGCUAGGCUGUUCAGCUUGGAGAGAUUGCUUGAUUCUGGGCCUUGCUCACAGAAUCAUUUCAGUAACAGUUGAUGUGAAAUGACCCAAGUAUAUUUGUUUCAUAAAAAUGGCCUAGGUUCCCCAGAAGGUACAGGGAAACCCCUGUGGAGAGGUGGUAUCUGCAUUGAUGAUGAAGAGAUUUCAGGUGAAUACUAUUUUAGUCUUUCUAAAGUAGCCCAAAUAAAACAAUGUUUCUAAGAUUAUUAUUCUCUCCAACUUUACAUAAUACUUACAUGAACUGGUUGUAUCACCAGUAGUUGUUAAAUUUAAUUUUUUUUUGCAUUUAUAUAUAUGUAUAUAUAUAUAAACCAUGUUUGUUUACAUUUGAAUGAUCUAAUGCAUUCAUUAAUGCUUUGUUUGAACUGGUAACAAUGACAUCUGGACAUCUUUUCUUGCAUAUAUGGGAGGAGAUAAAAGUUAUUUUUCCAGUGUCAAAUAUUGGGAAUAUUUUGAGUUUCAUAAAGAGGGAGAAAAAAGUUCCUCUU